UUUUGAUCUGACCCUUAUUGAGAGAGGACCUUAGCUGUCUUUGUACUUUUCUUCUUUAUCAGUGGGUUUUGCUGGUAACAUGGCUAUCCUCAGUCGGAACUCAAGAACUAUUUGCCUUGGCACAGUCUUCAUACUGUUUACAUAUCUUUGCAUAGCAAUGAUUUAUUUGAAGGACAAUCAAUUUUUCAGUCUCAAAGCAGAUCCAGUACCAAGAGCUGCAAUACAGAAGCCUUCCACAUUUUCUGGCUCAGUUUGUCCAGCACCUAUAUCAGCCAACAGAAUAACACCUAUUAGAGGGACCAGGUACCUAAUGGUGUCUGCUUUCAUAAAUGAUGAGGCAAAUGGACAGGCAAACAUCAUUACUAUAAUGAACAGAACCCAUUCAGAGCCGUUUAUCUGUAUAUUUUGUUGUUACCAGCAUGGUCUCAGUAUAUCUCCUGUCAAACUGGAUAAGCACAUUGAUCACUUCGGAUUCCCUUUUGUGACCACAGAUGCAUUUUGUAACAUAGAGCCAACAUGUAAUGCCACACAUGUGACCAUUUCAAGAACAGAGAACAUUCUAGAGAUUCAGAGUCACCUGUAUUUGCCUAUACACAAUUUCCUGAUGCAUGGGAGAGACUUUGACGUGGACUUCACACUAUGCAUUUCUUGCUUGUUUGGAGGGUAUAAUAAUGUCCUUCAGUUUGUGCAGACUAUAGAGACAUACAAACUGCUUGGUGUGGAUCACGUGGUUAUCUACAACACCAGCUGUGGCCCGGACCUUGAGAAGGUGUUGCACAGCUAUGAAGAAGAUGGCAUCUUGGAGAUCAUUCCCUGGCCAAUCCAUCACUUCCUAGAGCCAUCCAAAGGCUGGAACUAUGAGCUGCACUCAGGGGAAGUUCACUACUAUGGGCAACAGGCCACGAUAAACGACUGUAUCCACAGGAACAGGCAGAGGUCCAAAUAUGUGAUUCUGACUGAUGCAGAUGAAAUCAUCAUGCCGUAUCAACACUCAUCCCUGCACCAACUCAUGGCAAAGCUUCAGCAAAAUAACCCUUAUGCAGUGGCCUUCAUCUUUUGGACCUAUGUCUUCACCAAGGAAAUUAACAGAGGCAGUGAGAGAUUUAAUUUUCCUCUGUGGAGACAUGUGCCUGGUGUCAACAUCCUAAGACACAUUUACAAAGAGCCCCUAAAGUGGUUGGCCAACAGCCGUAGCAAGAUGAUUGUUGACCCAAGGAAGGUGAUGCAGGCAUCUGUGCACACUGUCUAUAAAAUCAAUGGAAAGUCCAUCUAUGUGCCCAAUGAUUUGGCUAUUGUCAUGCACACUACUGAACCAAAGCGUCCUGAUUUGGGCAUUGAGAAACUGAUCAUGGACAAUAAGAUUUGGGAGUAUGCAGAAAGGCUGAUACCAAAUGUAAAUAAGGUAUUGCAUAAAUCUGGGAUUCUGAAGUGAAAAAAGAGCCAAUCAUGGAAAAAAAAAACCCCUGGCAAGUCAUUUAAAUCUUUGUACCUGCUGUUCUAUUAGUCAAUACAAAAAACAAAGAAACAAAAAAUUAGAACUCUGUACUUGUUUCCUGUUACUGAUUCACGUGCACCACUGUUUUUGAUGAAAAUAUGA